AUGAAAAUCAUUGAUCUUGAAGUUAACAAUUAUGAAAAUGAAGAUCGAAUCAGAAAUGAUAAGAAGAAAAGAAUCGAUAAUAGGAUAUUUAAGAACAGAGCGACGCAAAUAAAGAAUGGUGCCAUACCUGUAAAGUCCAUUGAAAAAGGGGUUGAAGCGAAUAAACUGAAAGAUGCUAGAGUUGAUAUCAAUACGAAUGAAUAUAAGGCGUUCGUUUAUCAGCACAAAUCUGAAAAUGAAGGCAACAUUAAUGAAAUUGGAGUCAAAACAAAUGAACUUAAGGUUUUCGACAAUUACCAUGAAUCUCUGGAUAUAGAAGAAGCUGAAAUAACACAUGAUGUUAAUGGUUCUAAGCAUGAAGAAGACUUUCGAAAAUCUGCUGAUGAAAAU